AAGACAUAUGGGUGCACGUACUGCGGUAAAAACUUUUCAAAACCCAGCGCUUUGCAACCCCAUGUCUAUACGCAUACAGGCGAAAAACCCUUUGUAUGCCAUAUCUCUGGUUGUAGUAAGAGAUUUUCAGUUAUCAGCAACUUACGACGUCAUCUCAAGGUA